UCGCGUACGUACUUUCUUUAUUACCCGGACACGUCCGUCUGUGUAUCAAUGCCCCAGGGGCACGCCGGAGGGCGACAGGAGUACACAAUAUAGCAAACGCUAGUAUGAUUCAGCUCAAGGUGAUGUCUAGAGGUAGUGCACGUACUACAGCGAGUAGACAAAUCAAAAGUGUAGAUGACCGGAAACGUGUGUGUAUAAAACCCAGUGAGAAGAUGAAACAAAAGAAAUCACCGUGUAGAACAGCAUGGACGUGCAAGGCAAUGGCAAUGCUUAGUUAUCUAUUGGUGUUCUGUGCUGCAGUGAUAUCGUAUGCUCAUGUUUACACCAUUCCUACGUACACACGAAACUACUUAAUUAAAACAAGAGCAGCACUUACGUCACCGAAAAUGGAUUGUAAAGUUCUUGAAGCGACGAACCAUACUUCCCCGAGUUUACCUUUUGUAGACGAGGAGAUUGAGACUGGUGAGAAACCGAUGGAAAAGCUGCCUGUUAUAGUCAAACAUAAUAUUCGACUCCGGCGUGUUAAGAAACGUCGGAAACAAAAGAAGAAGAAACCAACUUUACAAGAAUUACAAGAAAACCUAAUACACACAGUCUCCGAACUACAAGAAUGGCAUUCAAACAUCACACGAUUACGGGAAAUAAGAAAUAAUAUUAUUCAGGACAACGGGACAUCCUUACUUUUCACACAGGAGAACACUGCUAUUGGCGAAAAAUACUACAGUACAUACUUCACCCGAGAAGUUGUAAUAGAUAGCGCAAAGAGGAGUUUAUUUCCCGAAGUGUCACCCUUUUCAAGCAGCGCCCCGGUGAAAACCUGUGCUAUAGUUGGCAAUAGUGGUAUCCUACACAACAGUAACUGUGGAACCGAAAUAGAUAGCCACGAUAUGGUCAUCAGGUCAAACCUUCCACCAAUUAAGAAGUACGUGAAAGAUGCCGGUAAAAAAACCAGCAUAACCAGUCUUAGUCCGAGUGUGCCUAUCGCGAGGUCCCGUCCAUCAAGAUUUCUCAAAGCACUGAAGGAAUACAGCGGAUAUAUAUUAUGGGUACCAAAUAGCAGUCGAAUGCAUUCCACUGACAUUGCGUUUAAUGUGACCCGAUUAAUACAGGAACACACCGAUCUAACUGUAUUGCAUGCAAAUGCUGUACACUUCGACAAAGUGAAGAAAUACUGGAAACUUAUAAAGAACAUGUCAACAGGCAUAAUGCUGAUGUCAUUGGGUGCGUGUUUUUGUGAUGAACUUCAUUUAUAUGGAUUCUGGCCUUUUGAGAUCAAUUCGCGAGGAGAGCCCGUAUCUAUGCAUUAUACGAACGACUUUAGUUGGUCUACAUUUCAUCACACCCAUGACUAUCCAUCGGAAUUCGACCUGCUCAUAAAACUUCACUCUGAAGGCGUACUCAAACUACACGUUAAUAGUUGUAAUACCGAUGCAUAGGGUUGCUCAACCAAUCAGAAGACUCCAUUGAAGAGCGUUAUGCAAAUGUAUCGACCUGCUUCCGGUUAUCACCUAAUUCGACUGACUGCGCUAGAGUGCCACGCGUGGUAAUUUCCACGAAGGUAAACUGUCACGUGACCUGUAUAACGACCGGAAGUCAGACCGACCGCCAUUUUUUCAACAUCGGAGCCACAGAUGCCAUUUCAAAAGAGAAACAUAAUUUACACAACAGUCUGCUCUUAUUACUUUCUCAGACCGCAUUAUUUGGUUUGUUAUGUAUGACGCAGUCUAUGUCUUACACCAAAUGUUAUAAUUCGCAAUGGGACAGGAAUUGUAAACAUUUACGUAUAUUCAGAUGAUAUCGAGUUUUAACAUCUUAGAGCGUCAUCAAAUCGAACUCAAUCGAACUAGACACAUACUGUAAAAUGACUAAUUUUCACUGGGUUUAAAUUUCACUGAUUUACCAUUUCAGGCAUAUUCGGUGGGUUUUAAAUUCACGGUUUCGUCAUUUAGAUAUUGUGUUCUAUGCUACAUUUUACAUAUUCACUGUGUUUUAAUUUAGCGCAUUUUCCAGUCAGCGAAAUAAGCUAAAUUAAAACCCAGUGAAUAAUUACUCCCUUUACAGUACGUUUCUAA